AUGGAUCGUGACAAAAACGAUACGUCGUCGAAUUCGGGCAUCGCAGGAGGCUUUGCUGGGUGCAUAACACGAUUCAUCUGUCAGCCGUUGGAUGUGCUGAAGAUACGCUUCCAGCUGCAGGUGGAACCGCUCAGUGAACAGCACGUAACCUCGAAGUAUCGCACCAUCGCUCAAUCGACCCGGUUAGUGUAUCGUGAAGAAGGUCUUCGUGCCUUCUGGAAGGGCCACAAUCCCGCACAGGUGCUUUCGAUCAUUUACGGUGUGGCACAGUUUUCAUCCUACGAACGAUUCAACCAUCUGUUGCGAACGGUCGACACCUUUGAGCGACAUCAGAGUGGUCGCAACUUUGUGUGCGGUGCAUUGAGCGGUACGUUCGCUACCGUGAUUACGUUACCACUGGAUGUCGUCCGUACACGGCUGAUCUCGCAAGACCCGGGCCGAGGUUAUCGCAGCUCGGUUCAGGGACUGAAGCUCAUCUACACAUACGAAGGCGUACGCGGACUGUACAGGGGGUUGGGGCCGAGCGUGCUCCAAAUUGCACCGCUUACCGGGGGCCAAUUUAUGUUCUACAACAUCUUUGGCAGCAUGUUCCGGCAGUAUUUCAAUAUCAGCGCGAACGAGACGCUACCGGCGAUCGAGCUGUUCAUUUGCGGUGGACUGGCAGGGCUGUGUACGAAGCUGCUCGUGUAUCCGCUGGAUCUCGCCAAAAAGCGGCUACAGAUACAGGGCUUCGCCAAAAGCCGUCAAACGUACGGGCGUCAUUUUGUUUGUGAUAACAUGUUCAACUGUCUGUACAACAUCGCCAAGCAGGAGGGCAUGAUCGGGCUGUACAAGGGACUGUAUCCGGCGCUGUUGAAGGCGUGCUUUAUGUCGGCGUUUUACUUUGCGAUCUACGAUGAAAUGGUGUUGAUCCUUAACCACUGA